AUGACUUCGGUACCGAUACACAGCUCUAUCAAUGGUGACAGUGGCGUCAGUUCAAGGGUGAAGAAGCAAAUCCUGCUGAACGCUUUUGAUAUGUCGACCGUCGGACACCUCUCUCCUGGGCAGUGGAAGCUAAGCGUCUUCCAGAACCCUGCCGACAAAUCAGCAACCAAGAGAGAUCUUAACUACUGGAUUGAUCUUGCGAAGCUGUUGGAAAGAGGUGGCAUCAACGCCCUUUUCCUAGCCGAUACGUAUGGGGGUUACGAUACAUACGAAGGCAGUCUUGAUAACUGUAUUCGCCGCGCGGCCCAAUGGCCAAUGACGGAUCCGACAAUUGUGGGGAAAGUCCUUAUCAUUGAGGAGAGUCCUAGCUAA